AAUAGGCCCCCCCGGGUUCUAAGGAAGGGGAGGAUCUUGAAGGCCUUGAGGCUCUCGACCACUCCCUCCCGUCCCGAAAUUCAACCAUCGACCACCCCCGAAUCAUCACCUCUCGUCAUCCCACCGCAACGUUGAAGCGAGCGUUGAAGUUGAUGGCGUAAGGCCGCCCCCCGACCUCAUGAUGCCCAUCAAGGACGAAAAGGACCUGCCCCCACCCCUGGAGGGCAAGUCGCAGCCGAGCAGCCCGUACGGCAGUCCGCUGCGGCCGUGCAACCGGGAGAGCGAGGGCGGCAAGAGCGGUAGCAGCGGGGGGUCGCAGAGGGGCUCACAGGGCGGGGCGUACGAGGAGCGCCCGCCGCCCAAGGGAGCGACGGGCCACCGAAUCGUGGAGACCAUCCCCCUUAAUGAGGACCUCUUCCCGCCGGGUGAGACAGCAGACACAGACCAGGGGGACAGGGGGACGAAGGGAGGGUCGCUGGAUGGAUGGACGGACGGACGGAUAUCACUAUGUGGCCUGUGCCUUGGUUGUUGUUGGCUUGCCGUGUGUGGUGGUGCUUUGCAGGUCUGAACAUUGUUGGUUCUGUGUUGGGGUAUCGGGGGUCCAACCAGCGCAACUUCGAGCGCAAGAGUGGCGCCAUAGUCUACCUAAGGGGUGCGAUGCAAACACGCACCCAAUGGAGACGCGACUGGCUGUGUGGGCCUACUUUUGUGUUUUGCAAUGGAUGUCGCUAUGCAGGUGGGGGCAUUUCGGGCACCCGAGUGGACGACAGAGGCAAAGAGCUGGAGCCACUGCACCUAGGUGGGUACUCGCCGCCGAUAUACAUGCCUAUCAACAUCCACUGCACUGUGUGUGUGGAGUGGUGUGGUGUGGUGUGGUAUGGUUAAUGUCUGGCUGCAGUUGUCAAGUGCGACCGUUUGGAUCAGGUGGACGUGGUGCGUCAGGAGCUGGACGCGUUGCUGGACGGCUUCUACGCCGACCGCAACAUGGAGCGGCCGCCCCACAAGCGGCUGACCAACCAGCCCGCGCGCGCCGUGCGAUCGCCGCCCCCGCCCACCGUGCAGCAUUUCCUCUUCAACCUCCACAACCUGUGCCACGCCAAAGGGGACGUCCACAAGGGGUUUGCCGUGCCGGUGCGGGGCCUGCCGGAGGUGUAUGGGGGAUACUUCCGACACGAAUUCCCCAUUCACAUCUUCCUCAGAGUUGAACCACCCAACAACGUCGCUGGUGAGUACACACAGAGGGAGAGAGAGGGAGGGAGAGAGAGGGAGGGAGGGAGAGGGGGCACAUACAUGCCAACAAGCGAGACACCUCUUCCUGUGGCCUUCUUGCCCUUCAGCAUCUCUGGAGCGUUUGCCGCACGUCGUUCAUUUGUUUGAGGACAACAAGUACCACACAUGACACAUACUGGCACACACACAAUCCCGCCCGGCCAACUGUCGCCUCUGUUUUCUUGUUGUGUGUGUGUUGCAGUGGGGGUGUGAUGAUGGGCCCGGUCCAUCCACCGACCAUAUCGUUUGCCGAAUUUUGCGCCAUAGACGAGAAGUACCGCGCCGACCUGCAGGCGGGCAUCAUCCCUCCCCGCUCGCCCACCGUCACGAAUGCCGUCCCCUUCGCCCCGCCAUCCCCAUCGCACCCCCACCCGCCCCUCCCCAUCCACACACACAACAUGGCAUCGCCACCGCAUCCCGGCGUCAUGCCACCCGUACACCCGUCGGCCACGGGGUACGGCUACCCCAUACCCGCACACGCCCACCAGCCGCCCCCUCCACCCAUGCAGCACACACACAAUGGCGCCUACCCCCCGCCCCCACCCCCUCCGCCCAACCACUUCGCGCCACUGCCAUUCGCACCGCACAUGUCGCCCUUCACCCACGAAGUGGCGGCUCACCAUACGGCGUUCCGUGCGUCGCCCCCUCCGGGGCUGAGCCCUCCCACCAUGAAGCGUGGGCCGCCAUCCGAGAGUGGCAGUGGGGCUGAGGUCGACGGGUGUGGGGUUGUGGUGGGUGGGGGUGAGUAUCACGGGCCACCGGGGGCCAAGCGGUAUAGGGGAGGGCUGGGUGGCAUGGGGGGCGGGCCGCCCGCACUCAGGGACCUGCUCAUGCAGAUACACCGGUCAGUGAGACAGACAGGCAGGCAGGCAGGCAAGGAGACGGAUGCGGUGCGACGUGAUGUGAUUGAUGCGGUGUUGUGUGGUUGUGUGUGCAGUUUGUUGAUGCACUUUGGAGGUCCUGACGGCCCCGGAGUAGCGAUGGUAGCACUGCCGUGUUUGUACCAGGAGCGGUUUGGCAUGCCACUCGACCUGUCGGUGUCGGGCGAGCCCUCCCUACUCAGCCUACUCACCAGAUUCCCAAAGGUACGCCUACAUGGACAGGACAGCUGGACACACGGAUGCACACAGAGCAGACACGGGCUUCUGCACGAGGCACACGCAUGGGGGAUAGAUGGCUGCCUUUUCCGGCCAGUCGGUCGAUGUAUACUGAGAGCUUUUUAGUCGAGUCUUAUCAUAUUCAUUGCGACGCCUUGCAAGAGCUUUUAUCUGUCUGUGUCUCUGUCUACCCUUUCGGACCUUUAUUCAUCACGCGCUCUGUAUGUAGAGUCGGUAGAAGUUAGCAGCCUUCCUUUGCGGAUGUGUCCUCGACUGUGAGUGGGCCCUUUAUUCAUUCGUCCAUUAGCACUCUGUGUCCAUACAAUGGGUCUCUCGACUUGCAUGCUGUUUGUUCCGUCUACCUACUUAAGGAUCAAAUCGGUCGAUUGGUGAAGCUUUCGGACUGGCUGCGCGUGUCUGACUGACCGGCUUGACAAGUCAGAUGAGGCCCCUUAGUACUAUGUCCCUCCCUCCCUUCGUUGUGUCUCUCGAAUGCAGUGAGUGAGUGGGUGAGUGAGUGAGUGGGUGUUUUGAGUGUCAUGUGUCUAUCUAGAUAGACCUGCCUACCCUACCUGUCCACGGCAGAAUGACUGACCCACGAAUGACUGGCCGACUGGGAUGUGUGUGUACAUGUACGUAUGCGCGUGGAGUGUCUGUGCCCGCAACCCGGAGCGCACGAGUCACUCCCAUAGGUUGGCGUUUUCGAGAGAAAGGCUCGCAUGUGUGGAUGGAUGGAUGGACUCGACUGGAUGGACGUAUUUGUGUGCACAAGACGGGUGGUUCACUCACGCGCACACCCCCCACCGACCGACCGACUGUGUGUAUACUAUAUAUGGCAACUGCAUAUCUUGACAUUUUUGUCCCUCGUGGGUUGAUUGAAUGCCGCCCCUGCCUGAUUGACGUGGAUGGGUAUGUGUUUGUGUGGGUGCGGCGCGAGAUGGAAAGGAAGAGACUCGACUGAUGGAGGGAGGCAACUCGACUCACUGCCAGCCAACCGAUAGAAGCUUUAUGGCUGCACACGUAUGUAGCUAGCUAAGCAGCAAGAGGCCUGACAAGCUGACAGCUAGCCAGGCAGGCAGGCAGGCAGGCAAGCCGGGAGAUGGAUGGAUGGAUGGAUGGGUGCACCCCACCACUUAGAAGUAGAUAGAUGCAUACAUACCAGACCUUGUGCCUCUCUGUCUGCUGCCUGUCUCAGCCAUGGACGUGUUAUUGCCUUGUAUGUGUUGUGUUCAGGUAGUGUCUCUGUGCGAGGGUGCCGAGGGCGGUCUGUGUGUGCGCCCCUGCCGCGCCCCGCAGUUCCCCGACAGCCAGCCGUCCUCAUCGCUCACGGCCACCCACACCAGCAGCCCCCAGCAGGCCCAGCUGGAGGCUCUCCUCAAACACAUCGCCACCGCCAAGGCCGCCCAGGGUGGUGUGGGUGUGGGGGCGGCCUCGCCACUGGCACCAGGGGCCGAUGAGGGUGUAGGGGUGGGGGCCCUGCUGUCGGCCGCCGAGAUGCUGUUCAAGCUCUCUGGCCAUCAGCGGCAGGGCGGGAAUCCGUCGGCCAAGCUAGAGGGGGCCACCACCAGCAGCAGCAGCAGCGGUGGUGAGGGGCAAGGCGGGCCAGGCGCGGGGUCGGGCACUACUGGGAUUGGCAGCAGUGGGGGCGGUGUUGGCCCCCCCAAGAAGCACUCGUUUGGAGGCAACGAGGCGGUGGUGAAGCGUGAGAGGGAGAGGGAGAGGGAUCAGCCGCGUGAGCCGAUAGCGUUUCAGCGCGAGAGGAGCCGCGACCUCAAGGAGGUGCUCGCCAUACUCAACCUACUCAAAUGAAUCAUAGCGAACGACGGGUGCCGUGCGGUGCGGUGCGGUGGAUGUAUGCGUGGCGACCGAUAGAUGGAUACAGUACAUGGCUGGGUGAGGUGGCUGACAGAAUGAAUAACAAUCGAUAGAUACGGGAGGGGCGCAUGCCAUGCCAUCCACACACAGGCAUGGCAUGGCAUGGC